AUGCCGAAAAGUCAAGUCUCACGAAUGACGGCCCCUACAUCCUGGACCGUCCUUCAAAUUCCCAUCAACCGAACCCUCUCAAAGAGUAAAUCAGAAGACGGCAAGAAAUGGCUUGAAAUCAUCAAACCUCUGACGAAAGAAUCUCAGCCAGGAUUUGAGCAUGGAGUAUGGGGUCGAUUGAUCGAGAGGCCCGAAGAAGUAUGGCUUGUCACUGGUUGGGAAAGUUUCGAAGCCAUACAGCAAUUCGAGGAAUCGGAUGUUCAUAAAGAACAGUUGCAAGCGAUGAGAGAGCUUUCGGAUGGAAAAGAGCCAGUUGUCACGCACGCUGGAUUUUCAGGCGACUUCUGGAACAUUUUGACGGAUUACACCGGGAUUAUGGAUGUUUAUUUUCCGGAGGAUAUAGAGGACGAGGUAAAGACGAGAGUGAACAAUCUGAAAGGCCUGGUAUAUUUCUUCGCUCCUGGGAAGAAAUCAGGUAAAAGUGCAUACAAUGGAAGAGCGACCAAGGGGUGGUUGAAUGGACUGGUAGAAUUCGAGGGAAACAAAACUAGGGUUAUGAGAUAUAUGCAUUAUUGGAAUAGUGAAGAGGGAGAAAAGGAGUUUAAGGCGGGAUCUGGAUUCGUUACGAAAACAGGAGAAACAAAGGGUAUAUUUGAUGAUUGGGUGGAAGGCUUGAAAAGUGAAGGGAUGCUGGGAAUGGAAGAAGUACAUUGUAAAUUUGAGACCAUCCCUUGGAAAUUCUGGGAAUAUACAUCUGAGGAGGAACGAGAAAUGGAGGAAACGGAUGCGGAAGAGUAG